CAUUUUACAUCUCGUACCGGCACUAGUUCACUGGAACGUCGGUCCGCCAUUUUUCUACAGCCGUUCUCGGUAUCACGUCUUUUUCCACAACUCAACGUUAAACAAUUUUUUUACGAUGGAAGCCUUGAAAGAGAGACAAAGCAAAACUCAACCUCAAGAUGGACCUGUUGACCACGAGGCGAAGACCGAUGAGAAGUCAUGCCGUGGAAGGGAAUCAGAGGUCUUCGAGCCGUUAUCGGUUCGCGACGAGAAGACCGUCGAGGAAGAUUGCGAGCAAUCGCACGAAGAGGAAGUCGAAGAACUCGAAGAAGAAAUAGAUGAGGGUCCAUCUUCCGAGCGUGAUCAGGGCUCAGAUUUGAAGAGAAAGCUGGCGGAUGUCGAAGGAGGCGGUGAUGGGGAUGCCGUGGGCGGUCCUCAAGAACCUGAACCCUCUUUCACAGAGCCUGCAGCGAAAAAGAAGCCGGGCGAACGGAAAGAUAAAAAUCUCAAGAGGAAAAAGGAAAGAAAGACCCGGUCAAAGAAACAGGAGAAAGGUGAAGAUUCUAAAAAGACCGUCGGGUAAUUGGAUUCCGGUAAAUGUCCAUACAUUCUAGAUUUAGCCGAGUACUAAUUAAGCUAAUAUUUUUGUAGAAUGUAUGUGUUCACUCUUCAAACAAAUAUUUAUAAUAUAAAGAUUGCUGUUCCCUAAAUAAUCACCUUUUGUAGUAUGUCAUAUUAAUACAAAAUCAUUAACAUCUCUGUAACCCGA